AUGGAUCGUCGUCAACAAGAAAUUGAAGAGAAACUCAUAGAGGAAGAAACUGCUCGAAGAGUGGAAGAGCUUGUGGCUAAACGAGUAGAAGAAGAGUUGGAGAAAAGGAAGGAUGAGAUUGAACGGGAGGUUCUCCGCAGGGUGGAGGAGGCUAAGCGCAUCAUGGAAAAACAGUUGCUCGAAGAACUCGAGCGACAGCGACAAGCUGAACUUGCAGCACAAAAAGCCAGAGAGGAAGAAGAGCGUGCAAAGCGUGAGGAACUAGAGCGAAUACUAGAAGAGAAUAAUCGAAAAAUUGCAGAAGCACAAGCUAAACUGGCUGAAGAACAAUUGAAAAUUGUUGAAGAACAAAGAAAGAUUCAUGAGGAGAGGAUGAAACUAGAACAAGAGAGACAACGUCAGCAAAAGGAAGAGCAAAAAAUUAUCCUGGGCAAAGGAAAGUCUAGGCCAAAACUGUCCUUCUCACUAAAAAGCCAGGAUUAAAUUGCAACUCUGAACGCUUAAAAGAAAAAAUGAAACAAACAAAAAACCCAUCAACAAAAAAGGAAAACAGAAAAAACUUUGUAUGGUAGCUUCAUGUUGAAGUGUUGUUUUUUUUUUUUUUUUUCCUUUUUUUUUUUUUUUUUUUUUUUUUGUCUUUUUUGAAAGUCUGGAAAGUUAGCUUGUUCUAAUAGGGGCUGUGCUCUGCAAUUCUUAAUUUUUUUAAACUUCCAUUAAAUUAAACCCUUAUCAGAUCAUUGUCGCCUUUUAGAGGGUAAUGUAUUCCCAACAAUUUUGUUUCUGUAUUAGUGGUCUGAAGCAGAUCAGGUCACUUUAUGAAUUGUGGAUGAUCUGAUAAGGUUUUACUGACCUACUCAUCAGAGUUUGAUAAUUGACAGAACUUUAUACUGGGUAUUGCUGACUUUUCUUUUUUUUUUUUAAAGUCAGUAAAUACAUGAGUAAAUUGCCAUAGUAUUACUGGACCUCUGUGGUUUCUUGUUAAAUCAGUGUCUGAUGAUACUGUCCCAUUGUUGCGCUUGAUGUUCCUGAUACAGGUAAGGAAAUAGUUUGUCAUUUCUGCUAUGAAUACAUAGAGAGAGUUCAGUAUUGUCUCUGUUAGGUUUGUUUUUAUUACAUUGACAGCGUUCAACCAGCGUUCCCCAUUGUGUAAAUAAACCAAUUUGCUGAAUAAAGUGAAAGUCUUAAAUUCAUA